UUUUUUUUUUUCCAGGAGCAGCAGACUUUGCAUAGUUUCGGGAGCAGGUUUUAUUUUUACAGUUGCGACCUUCAGUACCUAUCCUGUGUCUUUUAAGAAUUUCCUCAGCCAGGGAACAGAUUCGUUGGUUUAAGAGUAACUGUAAAGGAUCUACGAGAGCUUUCAUCCUCCACUGAUUGAAGAAUUAAACCUCGCCACACUCCGGCCAGCCCGAUGGGGAAACUGAGGCGAAGAGGUUAAAGGAUCUCUCCUGGGCCACGGAGUGUGUUGAUGUUGGUGCCCACUCCCUAGACAUGUGCACAGACUACUAGACUUCACUGCUCUGGCUGCAGCAGGGAAGUGGGACGCCCCUUUGGCAAUCUGUCAGUGCCAACCUGAGCUGCAUCCUUUCACUGGGUAUUUUCUAAGCUGACUGACAGUCCUUAAAACAAGUAUGCAGUUAAGCUGCUAAGAGAUGGAGGAAGCUAGUUUGUGCCUUGGUGUUUCUUCAGCUGUGCCAGAAGCGGACGCCCAUCUCAACAACACCCUGCUCAAUGGGCAGUAUUCAAUGAGCCAGAAGCUGCACCAGAUCACUUCCCAGCUCAGCCAUGCCUUCCCGGAGCUCCAGAACAGGCAGAAUCCAGAGGAGAAGGCCUCAGCACCUCUAGAAGACAAAAGCCACAUGUCCAUAGCAAACCAGCCCAUCAGCAGUCAGAUGGCCUUGUUGGCAAACCAGCUCAACAGAGAGGUCGACACCAGUUUGAACGGGCGCGUGGAUCUGCAGCAGUUCUUAAAUGGACAAAACCUAGGGAUUAUGUCUCAGAUGAGCGAUAUAGAGGAUGAUGCCAGGAAAAACAGAAAGUACCCGUGUCCCCUCUGUGGGAAGCGCUUUCGAUUUAACAGCAUCCUGUCGCUGCACAUGCGAACUCAUACUGGAGAGAAACCGUUUAAGUGUCCAUACUGCGACCACAGAGCAGCUCAAAAAGGCAACCUGAAGAUACACCUGCGUACUCAUAAGCUGGGAAACCUUGGCAAAGGUCGUGGAAGAGUCCGAGAAGAAAACAGACUUUUACAUGAGCUGGAGGAGAGAGCGAUUCUUCGGGACAAACAGAUGAAGAGCAGCCUCUUGCAGCCCCGACCCGACGUGAAAGCACAGCAGCACGCCCAGCCGAUGCCUCUCGCAAACUGUAACCUGUCUGUGCCAGCAAAUCACAACACACCGGAUAUUUCAAACCCUGUUCCCUCUCCAAAGCCAGUCAGCGUCCAGGAAGAAGUCGUCGCUCAGACAGCUGGGUUCAGAUGCACCUUUUGCAAAGGCAAGUUUAAGAAGCGAGAAGAGCUGGACAGGCACAUCAGGAUCCUGCACAAGCCUUACAAGUGCACCCUGUGCGACUUCGCCGCCUCGCAGGAGGAGGAGCUGAUCAGCCAUGUGGAGAAGGCUCACAUAACUGCGGAGUCGGCACAAGGCCAGGGCUCCAACGGGAACGGGGAGCAAUCCACCAACGAGUUCCGUUGUGAGGUGUGCGGCCAGGUGUUUAGCCAGGCCUGGUUCCUUAAAGGCCACAUGAGGAAGCACAAGGAUUCCUUUGAACACUGCUGUCAGAUCUGCGGGAGGCGAUUCAAAGAGCCUUGGUUUCUUAAAAAUCACAUGAAAGUUCACCUGAAUAAGUUGUCUGUAAAGAACAAAUCUCCUAAUGAUCCCGAAGUACCUGUCUCCAUCAGCAGCAUGUCCCAGGAAGCUCAUGCGAACCUGUAUUCGAGAUACCUGUCGUGUUUGCAAAGCGGGUUUCUUCCUCCCGACAAAGCGAGCUUAAGUGAACAAAAUCAAAUCUAUAACAAAGGCGAUAUGCCCAUGAAAGAGAAAGAAGUCUUGGGGAAGCUCCUUUCGCCCAUUUCUGGCAUCGGCCACAGUAUUGCUGAAGGGGAUAAACAUUCUUUAUUGGGCUGUCUCAAUCUGGUGCCUCCUCUGAAAUCCAGCUGUAUAGAAAGGUUACAAGCUGCCGCCAAAGCGGCGGAGAUGGAUCCAGUAAACAGCUAUCAGGCCUGGCAGCUUAUGGCAAGGGGAAUGGCCAUGGAACAUGGCUUUUUGUCUAAAGAGCAGCAGAUACAGCGCAGCCAUGAAGACACUUUGGCAAAUGCUGGAGUUAUGUUUGAUAAGGAGAAGCGGGAGUAUGUGUUAGUAGGAGCAGAUGGCUCUAAGCAGAAAAUGCCUGCUGAUUUGGUUCACAGCACUAAAAUGGGCAAUCAGAGAGACUUGCCAAACAAACUAGACCCUUUAGAAGGCAGUAGAGAUUUUUUGUCACAUGGUAUGAACCAGGGACUCGAUUACAACUUACAAAGUCAUGGAAACGUAAAAGAAAAGCCAACUGAAUGCCCGGACUGUGGAAGGGUUUUUAGAACAUACCACCAAGUGGUCGUUCACUCCAGGGUCCACAAAAGAGACAGGAAAGGAGAAGACGAAAUAAUUCAAGGUGGCCUCGAUGAGCGCCGUGGCUCUGGAAGCGAUCAAGAGUCUCAGUCUGUCAGCAGGUCGACAACACCAGGGUCCUCCAACAUUACUGAAGAAAGCGGAGUAGGUGGGGGGCUCUCGCAGACGGGGAGUGCCCAGGAGGACAGCCCGCAUCCUUCCUCACCCUCCUCUUCAGACAUUGGAGAAGAAGCUGGGAGAUCUGUAGGAGUCCAGCAGCCAGCUUUACUGAGAGACAGGAGCCUUGGUUCUGCCAUGAAAGACUGCCCAUAUUGUGGAAAAACUUUCAGAACUUCACAUCACUUAAAGGUCCACUUGAGAAUACAUACAGGUGAAAAGCCUUACAAGUGUCCUCAUUGUGAUUAUGCUGGUACUCAGUCUGCAUCCCUCAAAUACCACCUGGAACGGCACCAUCGGGAGCGGCAGAAUGGAGCAGGACCACUCUCUGGCCAAUCUGCAAGCCAAGAACACAAAGAUGAGACACCAAGUAAAAAUUCUGUGUUUAUUAGACCAGAUAUAUUGAGAGGAGCCUUCAAGGGGCUUCCUGGUAUCGAUUUCCGAAGUGGCAUGGUCUCACAGCAGUGGACGUCAGGAAUGCUGUCUUCUGGAGAUCAGCAAGGACAAGCAGCUGGCAUGUCAUCUGAAGUAUCUUCAGAAAAUAUGAAGGGUUCAGACAUAUCUUCCAAAGGAACACACUUCUCUGAACUUGGCCGUGCUUACCAGAACAUGGUUGGGAACGGCGUGAACUUUCAAGGGUCUUUGCAAGCUUUCAUGGACAGCUUUGUCCUAAGUUCUUUGAAGAAAGAAAAAGAAAUGAAGGACAAAGCGCUCUCAGAUCCACUUUCAGCAAAAGCUCUAGGCUCAGACGGUGGUGAGGAAAAGAUAAAUAGCAAGUCCUCACAGCGAAAAACAGAAAAGUCACAAUACGAACCUCUCGACUUAUCCGUAAGGCCAGAUGCAGCCUCCCUCCCAGGUUCAUCUGUUACUGUGCAAGACAAUAUCGCUUGGCACGGCUGCCUAUUUUGUUCCUUUACCACUUCAUCGAUGGAACUAAUGGCUCUGCACCUCCAGGCCAAUCACUUGGGCAAGGCUAAACGUAAAGACAGCAUCAUAGGGAACAACAAAGAGCAAUCUAGAGAAGCCUCAGCCUCGGUUAAUAAAGUGAGCUUGCUCCCCUCUUCUGUGCAGUCCAGCAAGGAGGCGGUAGUUUCAAACAUGUUGAGCCAGCUGGACUCAACUUCUGAGAAAAUGACCCAAGGACAAAAUAAAGAGACCCUGGGAGAGGCAAAGAGCACUGCCUGGCCCAGCCACAUGGAAUCCACUUUUUGUAAUUUUACAACAGACUUCUAUAAGCAGUUUGGUGUUUAUCCUGGUGUUAUUGGCCCGGGGACACAAAAUUCUUGCACCAGUAAUGAAUCCGAAAUAAAAACACAAUCCGAAGAUGACCCAAAUAUUCUGCUCUCUGACUCUGUAAAUAAAAGUGCUACUGAUGACCUGUCUGACAUAGCUUCAUCUGAGGACAUGGAAUCUUCCAAGGAAGAAAACAUUGAAGAUGAGGACAUUGACACAGAACCAGAUAUUAUGAAUAAGCAGUUGUCUGCCCUAAAUAAAGAAAGCAGUGAAGGAGGCGACAAUAUACAAAGUGCAGUCACCUCACAACCAACACAAGGGCUUGUAUCACCACUGCCACAAGCAUCAGAAAAGCAGUGGCACGGUCAGAAUCUUCUAUCCUCCCAUGAAACUGCACAAGGAGUGAUGAAACCCGAACAAGUUCAGGGUCCACAGGUCCUGGAGAAGCAGAUGAACAUGUUGUCAGUCCUAAGAGCUUACAGCUCUGAUGGCUUAGCAGCCUUUAAUGGACUUGCAAGUAGCACAGCAACUAGUGGAUGUAUCAAGAGACCUGACUUGUGUGAUUAGCCUUCAGGAGCACCCUGUUCAUGUAUUAGCCUUCCUUCCUUAGUCAUGGUUCCCUUUGUUUCUCCUACUGUCUGAGAGAUCAGAAAACAUGAGACCCAUCUCCAGCACCCGAUUCCAGGGCGUGAUUCUUGUGUUCUGUUGUAUUUUGGGAGACUCUGUGCAUUUGCCUAUCUUUUUACAGCCAGCGGUAUGUGGGUUGUUGACAUCUCAAGAGAGAACACUGAUACACUCGAUACAGUCCUUGCACAAUCAAGACAGCAAGGCGCGGUGCUCUUUCCGCAGUCAGAAUACAGGGGAAAUGAAAUAAAAUAUCUCAGCCUCAGUCAGCUGAGAUUGCAUCUUUGAUUGGCCACACUAAUUGAGUUAAAUUUCUGGCUGCAUAAAAACAAGCUGGGAUUUUCAGUGAUCCAUGUGGAUCAUUUUUAGUUGGCAGAUUUUACCUUAAGAUAAUGGGUCAGUCUUUAAGCACAAAUCUUGGCACGAAAAUGGUUUAAUUUCUAGAGGAGAAUGCCACCAACUCACAUUAUUGUUCUGGAAAGUCACCACAGAUGGGAGAGCAGUCCUCAGUUUCCCUGUAUGUAGAAUGAGAGAGAUCGAUGAUGUACACAUAAUUCAUUUAUGCUCCUGUCAUGCUUCAGGCUGUAAGGAUGAAAGACACAAUUAGGAAAGAACCAUAAUUACUGCAUAAUACAGAAAUUUCCAUGUCAAAAUGCUGCUGAGAAAAAUCACAAUUUUUUGUAAUAUUUCUCCUUUACAUAUAUAGCAGAACAGGAAAGAACAGAAAGAAAGAAAAAAAAUACCAUUGAGGAAUUCAGAGUCACUCCUGACCUGUACUUGGUUUUGGAGGCUCAAGUGACUAUACCUUGGAGCCGAUCUGGUUAAUCUUUUCUAGCACGCAGUUUCUGAGAAGAAGACAUGCCUUUCCUUGCUGCUUGGCAGCCAGUAGCCCAGCGUGGAGGGGAAGCCCAGGGCAAUGGCUCCAUGGUUUGGUAGCUGUCCUGAGCUUCCAUGUCCUCUGCUUUCACAGCCCUUGCUUGUUUGAGAAGUUACGCUUGAAAGUUCUAGACCUACUUUGUAUUUCAGCUUUGCAAGAUCUGGUUUCCUUUCCAUUUAUGCUCUUCUCUUUCUCUGCUUAUCUUCCCAUAUACAAGUAGUUGUAUCGCAAUAAUGUUCUACCUUCUGUACCAAGUCAAUAAUUUACACGUGAUUUACACAGCAUCUGUUUAUUGCAAGACCCUUUCCUUUCUCUCUCUCCUCCCCUUUAAAUUUUUCUGCUUUGUGUCUAAGACAGUAAAAUUUCCCUGCUUGCAUUUUCUGCUUGGGAAGUCCUUAGGCUUUCAAGGAAGAGCUGCUGGGCUGCAGAAGUGUUGGCCAGAGAUAGUCCUGGGCGUUAGCUGGUUGCUUAAUGGGUUAGUACUAUUGAACCCACACUUAAUGAUGUCCGAAAGUGUUAGUUCCAUGUUGGCUCUAUAAAUCUAAUUUGCUUCCAUUCAUGCUUGCUUUCCUCUGCAAUUAGUGCUGUUUUUCUCCUGCGUAGGCUCCACCCCAUUAUCACUUCUUCCUCUGUGUGCAGACAGGGCAGGGCUCUUCUGAGGUUGGGUAGCAGCGUUGGAGUUCUCAUCCUGCAAAGGGCUGAGCACUUCCAGUUUCCUUUGGAGCAGAAAGCGCUCAGCGUUGCACAGAAUUAUUAAAAUGUUCAGCAUUGUAACUUUCUGAAAUACCUUCCAAAUGUGGAACUGCAGCACAGACAAGAGGGCUGGGCAAGGGGAAGAUCGAUUGUGGCAGAUUAUUACAGCUUUAUUGUCACAUAAUUAUAGUGCUCUACCCCAAUGUUUAAAUAGUGAAUUUAGUUGUUGUAAAUUGCUUAUUGCCACAGGUGUCAAAACCAAAAAGAUUAUAAUACUAACCCCUUCAGAACUACCACCAACAUAGAAAAUACAGAAAAAGAUUUUUAAUUGUUUGUGGUGGCUUCACUUGAAUCCUUAUUGCAGCUCUUUUAAAUCAGAAAAUCCCUAUUAAACAGAAGCAAAAGGCCUGGUCUAUAAGCAAGCUCUAGGGCAGCUGCGAGGCAAUGGAAGGUCAUCCUAUUGCAGCAAACCGUAGUACUCCUGCCCAUUUAAAGGAUCUUGUCAUGCCCUUAACUAACUCAACUCUUGGUCCUGGUCUGCAGUUGAAAAGAUAACCAGAAUAUUCUUUUCCUUCAAGGAGGAAUGAAAUGAUACGGAAGUUUUACUGCAGACUUUUCUUUACCCCGUUACGGUGCUUUUGAAGAGGUUUCUCUAGUUUGAGUUAAGAGGUCCAGAGCCUGCCUUUAGCGUGUGAGCUGUGCUGCGGACGGGGAGAUCAGCACCUCGGCCCCACGCUGGGGUUUCAGCCCCACUUUGGGAUGCUGCAGUGCCAUUUGCAUGGCAGCAUCAAACCCAACUCAUAUGGCUUGCUUCCUUUGUCUAAUUAACUGGGAAUGCCAGUGAUCCAGAGAAGUUUGUGUUGCUGGAUAAAAGGGCCGGUCUGUGAAUAGCAUUGUAUUUGCCAAAUGGUUCGCUAGUCAUUUCAGUACAAACAAAUGGAUGGUGUCUGUAAGUCUGCAAACACUGUUGACAUUUAGCCUUGUUUAUGUUACUUUCCUUUUGCUGCAUAUUUUUGGCUAGAAAAGAUACUGUCUGAAUCAACAUUGACUUCCUAAGCAGAAGCUAAGGACCCAGUCUUGCAUCCCUCGUUCUCGAUGAGUGGGACUGCUUACAUGACUAAGGAUUGCAGAAUCAGGUCCUGUGUUUAGUUGAUUUUAAAUUUCAUUGCUAUAUUCAUGUGAUUUAAUUUGACUGUAUUUUGUUGUAUCAUACAUCGGUCAGGUGAUAGGUCCGGUAUCACCAUUUUGUUUACUAUUGAAAAUUUUUAUUUCUUACCAUUUUUCACGUGGCAGCGUAACAUUCCCAUUCCAUUUCUGUUUCUGGAAAUUAACCCCUAAAACAUCCAAUAGAGCGAAGUGCUGAGUACCUCCUAUUCCCAGUGAAACUGGAGGCGUUCAGUCCCUCCUAGCACCAGAUCUGAAAGGGGGAUUGUGUUUGCAAAAGGAGGCCUUGGUAUGUGCCUUGAUUUCAGACAUCAGUGGCCAGCCGCACCAAGGCAAAUCCCUAGCACAGAAAGGCUUUUCUUUUCUUUGCGGAGACAAAAUAAUGAUGUAAGCUUAGAGCCGUAUGAUUUUACUCUAAGUUUCAUCUCCCAAACAAUAUAUUCUUAUUGUUUUUCUCAUAUCCAGGUCAAAUUUAAAUUGUAAUUUAGGAUUAGGCAGAGGCACAGGGAUGUUUCCAGGUCUUUCCAAAGUGAGACAAUGCUCUGGUUUGUGUUUUGGUUGAGGAAUAUAUAUUCUUGUGUCUGAAGUAUAGUAUUUCCUACAACUACUCAUGAACACGAACAAUUUAGACAUCCUUGUAAGACAAAACUAAGUGUACGAUUAAUACCUAUUAUGCGGCCAAUUUUAAACAAUUAAUUUGACAGCAAUUAUAAUUUUAUGUUACAGGCUUUCAGAAAUAAAUAACCAAAUUCAUCUUUGUAAUCUAAGGAACUUGGAUAUCUUUAUGCGAAGAUGAUCUUGUUAUGCAGAGUAUUGCAUAUCUGGAAUUUCUGAGGUUUGCUCCCACCUCUCUAGAUGCCUGUAGUACCAGGGGUAAAUAAUUACCUGAGGCUUAUUAAUUGUUUCAGCAAAGAAAAAAAAAUAUAUAACUUAAGUGUAAGCAUUAAUAUAUGUAUACACAAUACAUCCACAGUAUAUAACAAACCAUCAUAAUAGUACAAAAAUAGAGGUCCUGAAUAUGUUCUGUUAUUUAUGUGUUUGGCAAGCUUAGGGAAUGGACUUUAGUAUGAGUGAAAAUUCUCUUAACAUUUUUAAGGUUAUUUAUUGUCAUUUCUAUUUGAGUUUUUAAUGGUCCUGUAUUUUGUAAUGCUUUAGCAGGAAAAAAUACUGUAGUUAUCUUUUUUCAUAUUCUUUAAGCAAUAUUUCUAGCUUAAUAUAUUGUGCCAGGUUUUCCAAUAUUAACCAAGAAAGACAGUAAAAUUCAAUGAACAGCACUCUGACAACCACAAUUUAAAACCUGUGAUUGAAGUGAAAUGUGUAAACUUCUAGUGGGUUAUCAUGUGCUUUGGAAUAGAGUAUUGUUGGAAGUAAUUAGAAAAUAUAUUAAGGUUUCCUGGUAAUGAAGGUAUGUAAGUUUUAAUAAUUGUUGCUUUCUGAAUAAGUGUCAAACUAUAUCUUUAAAUGUAUAUGGAGUUACAAGUUAGGUCACUUCUGAAUGGAAUGUAAAACAAUACUAAAAUGCUUCAAUAACUUAUCUCAGUGUUGCUAAUAAAAAAAAAGCUGUUAACCAUUA